AUGAGCCAAGCGUCCAUGACCAUGUCGCCCGCUCGGCCGCCGCCCAAGAAGCGUAAGACUGCCUCGUCUUCCUCGGCAGCCAAGAAUGAGUUGAUACCCCGGCCGCCGGGAGUCCACAAGCGUGGAAAGCGCAUCGUCACUCUUCUUCAGCAACAUCAGCAAUCACAGUUGGCACAAUCGUCCUCGGCUAUGUCAACGGCAGACAAUGGGGAGCGUAGCCACGAUCAGUCUGGAUCCGGGCAGCAGCUCGCAAGCGUGCACGGGGGGAUUCCAGCAGCGUCACCCGAGGAUGCCGCUGCUGGCGAUCGUCGCGUCCCCUGCGACAUCACGCCCAACCGCGCUUGGCUGCUGCGAGUACCUGGCCUCACCAGACACGCCCUCGACGACUGCAUCAACACCUUCUUCACGUCCAUCGGCCAGACAUACCACCUCUCCCAACCCCGCGACUACUUUCUCCGCCGCGUCCGCGUCAUGCUCUACGACGUAGGUGGGCUCGACAUUCCCCAUGACUUGGCGGAUGUCCCGGCCUCAUCCGAACUCCUGGCCCUGGCAGUGGCGUGCCUCGGAUCGCCCCUGUCCUCGCACCCUCAGCUCGCACAGUCUAUCCACAACCGAUGCGUCGAGCUGGCCGCCGACUCUGACCACCUCGCACACGGCGGGCUGGACGCCGUCGAGGCCAUGAACCUGUUGGCUGAGCGCUUUGUGCGGCCACGCCACGCCCUGGUGCAAAGCAGGCAGUCGAUAGUCCUGCCAGCGCGGACCCCUGCUGGCCUUGGGGAAGCACAGAACGCAAAGCUGCACCCGCUCCAGCUUGACCCCCUUGGCAAAGGGUUCGCUAUCGACCUCGCCCUCUACCACAAACUCAACGUGCCGCCGAUAAGCCGCAACGACGCCGACACCGGCUAUCAACGCCGCGAGGCACUGUUCUGGACAUUGUGGAAGUUUGACGCCCUUCGGUCAGCCUCGGCGAGUGUAGCCUGUCGCCUAUCCGACGUCAACAUUGGCUGGCCGCUCCCCUCGGACGCUGCGCAAGAUCCCCACAUGAACAUUGCGCGCGUCGCUCGCCAAAUCUGCACCACCCUUCUCAGCGUGCGAGCCAAGGUGCAGGGCUUGACCGUUGCGCACGUCCACGAGGCCAUAGCCGCCCUCGACGAGCUGCCCGGCCGGUGCAUCAACAUUGAUCCGAGCAGCCUGGCCCGGGAGGCGAUAGAGGUGGCGUCGAGCGAGCGCAAGCGGCGCGACUCUCUCGACCGCCGCGACACGCCGCAGCACUCGGCGUUCUUGCUCUCCAGCCACAACUGGCUCUACCUGGUCUGCUGGAUCGCAGUCAAGGAGAAUGCCGCCAAGCAUUCGGACUUUCCGGCUGAGACCAUGGCCAUGGUCGACGUGGCGACGAUGCAAGCGACACGGCGCAUGGCCGCGCUCGCCCAGACGAUUACAAAGCACGACCUGAUGCAGAGGGCGCCCCGUGCAGUCCGCGAUCACAUGGCGGCAUUUGUGCUGCUGUUGGUACGCCGGCUCACCGAAAACGCCGCCACGAGUGCUGGGGUCGCAGCGCAGUACUUUGCCCUCGCUGAGACGCUUGCCAGUGCUGUGCGGAGCGCAUCGUCGUACCCCGACUCGAGCAUGCUCGCGAAUGUGCUGUGUGACGCAGUGUACCGCGCGAGCUCGGCCGUGGCAUUGGUGGAGACCUCGGGCGAGCGGCGGCUGCGGCAGUGUGAGACUCCUGUGCAGCCCAGCGAUACAGCGCCGCCGCAACCCCUGCUCAACAGCUUCCCGGUGCUCCCGCCGUCUUCGGGCGAGGAUGUGGCUACUCGGGAGAGUGUGCCCACUCAGGACGCCACACCGGCCCACCUUGCCGCUGUCAUGGAUCCUCAGAUCUCGCCACUGACACUGCCAUCGAUGGGAGGGUACUUUUCGGCCUUUUCACUGCCUGCAUGGGACACGACGACGCCGUUCGGCAUGCCCACGAGUGGGGGAGACGCUCCCCAACCAACCCUGGCUCCCAGCCUCUCGGAGCCCCCCAGAACCGCGCCCCUCGAGUCCAGCUCCACCGUCUCGACCACGGAGCCAAACGAGUUUGACUUUGGGCUGUCGCCGACUGAGCCGUUCCUCCUGGAUCAAGAGUUACUGGACCUGCUGUCUGGAUGCGGCAUAGAGAUCCCGUUCUUUGGAGGCGCCGGGAGCGUGUAA